GCUAGUCAAAGGUUAAAGGUAAAGAAACAAAAUGGCGGCGACCAAACGUGUGCUUUAUGUCGGCGGUUUAGCAGAAGAAGUGGAUGAGAAAGUGCUGCAUGCGGCCUUCAUUCCGUUCGGAGACAUUACGGAUAUUCAGAUCCCCCUGGAUUAUGAAACCGAGAAGCACCGUGGUUUUGCUUUCAUCGAGUUCGAGCUUGCUGAGGAUGCUGCAGCGGCCAUCGAUAACAUGAACGAGUCGGAGCUCUUCGGCCGCACCAUCAGAGUAAACGUCGCCAAACCCAUGAGGAUUAAAGAGGGCUCGUCUCGACCUGUCUGGUCUGAUGAUGAUUGGCUGAAAAAGUUCUCGGGGAAGACGGCAGAGGAGACAGAGGAGGCGGAGCCAGCGGGAGACGGCAACAAAACCAUGACCCAGGAGGGAGAGCCGCCUGCUAAGAAGGGCAGAGCGAACCCGCAGGUCUACAUGGACAUCAAGAUCGGUAACAAACCUGCAGGAAGACUGCGCAUGUUACUCCGAGCUGACGUGGUGCCCAUGACUGCAGAGAACUUCCGCUGCCUGUGUACGCACGAGAAAGGCUUCGGCUUCAAAGGCAGCAGCUUCCACAGGAUCAUCCCUCAGUUCAUGUGUCAGGGCGGAGACUUCACCAACCACAACGGCACCGGCGGCAAAUCCAUCUACGGACGCAAGUUCGACGACGAGAACUUUGUGCUGAAACACACCGGCCCAGGUCUUCUCUCAAUGGCGAACUCCGGGUCAAACACGAACGGCUCGCAGUUCUUUCUCACUUGUGACAAAACAGACUGGCUGGAUGGCAAACACGUGGUGUUCGGAGAGCUGCUGGAGGGCAUGGACGUCCUACGGGCCAUGGAGGCUCAGGGAAGUAAAGACGGCAAACCCAAACAGAAGGUGAUUAUAUCUGAUUGUGGGGAGUAUGUCUGAGAAACCUGGACCUGUGUGUGUGUGUGUGUGUGUGUGUGUGUGUGUGUGAGAGAGAGAGAGUGUGUGUGUAUUUGGUGUGAAUAGCAGGAACUGUGUCAUGUCACUCAACUCAGUCAAACUCUUCUGGUUUAUACAGAUGCUUCUUUUGUAUGAUGGAUUUGUAAAUAUCUAAUAAAUUUUUAUAAUGAAAUUUGGCUUUUUUUUUAACCAGGAUCUUCAGUCUUUAUUAAAAAACCCAAAACGUGAAAUUGAUUUGCUUUCACAGCCAGUGUGAGGAUGUUAACAAGUCAGUGAUUUUGUGAAUCUGACCAAUCAGGGUUAAAAGACUGGACCUUUACACACUAACUCUUUCUCCUUUGAUAGACUGCUGCUCCUUUUAUCCUAUUUUAAAGGCUAACCUUAUUGAAGUUACAGCUUUGUUUGGGAUCGCUUUCUUUCAAGUCAUUGUUAUGGACAGAAUGAGUUUCACAAAACAUUGCAAGUAAUCUGUCAAUAAAGCAUUGAUCAAACUCAUUACUACUUAGGAUUUGAAGUGGAGCAGGUCUCCAUAUGCUGUCCGUACGUCAUAAAGCGAACGUAGGAUAUGGAUUUCCCAACUAAAAGCAUUUUCAUAAAACGUUCCUUGUGCAACAUUCCUGCAAGGGAUUUACAGAUAGUCCAAAGUUAAUUCUCAUACUUGCUUACUACCUACAUACACUAUAUAAAAGUUUUGGGACAGCAUACCAAGACAUUUUGUAUAAUUUCAUACUCCCAACUUUGUGGGAACAGUUUGGGGAUGACCCCUUCCUGUUCCAACAUGACUGCACACUAGUGCACAAAGCAAGGUCCAUAAAGACAUGGAUGAGUGAGUUUGGUGUGGAGGAACUUGACUGACCUGCACAGUGUCCUGACCUCAACCCCAUAGAACCUUUUGGGAUGAAUUAGAGCAGAGACUGUGAGCCAGACCAAAAUUGGGACAUCUACCUUUCCAUGCACAUGAAUGUAAUAUGGAGUUGUCCCGCCCUUUGCAGCUAUAACAGCUUCAACUCUUCUAAGAAAGGCUUUCCACAAGGUUUAGGAGUGUGUUUAUGGGAAUUUAUGACCAUUCCUAUAGAAGCACAUUUGUGAGGUCAGGCACUGAUGUUGGACGAGAAGGUCUGGCUCUCAGUCUCCACUCUAAUUCAUCCCAAAGGUGUUCUAUGGGGUUGAGGUCAGGACUCUGUGAAGGCCAGUCAAGUUCCUCCACACCAAACUCACUCAUCCAUGUCUUUAUGGACCUUGCUUUGGUCACUGGUGAAGCAUGAAGCUGUCAGCAUGAAGCAUGACAGCAGUGGAGACUUUCCGGUACUUUGGUGUCCAUUUCCUUUGGUGUCCAUUGGUUAUGUUGUUGUUAUGAAUAUGAAUACUUUUUAAAGCUAGUAUGAGGACAUCUAUGCAUUGCUUUAAUUGCAGUUAGUUGUGUCUGUUCUUACAAGUUGGUUCAGUGAUCAGAUUAAGUUAAGGCCAGACCAUAAAUCUCUACACCAAGUAUUAACUGCAAAUAUUUUACAUGUAGUACUUAUCAAAACUGAACCAAAUCCUAUAUUUCUAGAUAUAUACUUUGAGGAGAAUUUGUUAAAUAACUCCCGACCUUUUUUCAGCCAUACACCAACUGCAAACCCAUUUGACUUAUGUAAAUUUUUACAGAAAAUAGGCAAGGAUGUCAAGUCUGAAAGAAGACAUUAAUAAUAGAAAAGGAUUCGGGCCCCUAUAGGUUUUUUAUGCUGUGGGUCAGGGGCAAUGUUGUGGAUUCUGACUUAAAAUUGUAAGUUUGGUUAAAUGGAAUGGCAUAUCUCAGAUCUCACUGUGUUGUAUAAUGGGAGUACUCAGAGAAAAACAAAAAGGGCAUAUUAACUGAAACAUUGCAUAAGCAUUAACAGGGAAAUCUAAAGAAUGAUCAAAGCUUCUUUAAACGUCAAAUAAAUAUUUUAAAAACAGCACAAACUCACUUCAAAAUUGGUCAAUAAAAAUGUGACAAGCAGAAACUAAAUCAGACCAGUGGGUUCUGACGACAGCAUCACAGGGGUACAAAUUUCAGUUCUGCUGUCAGCACCCAGUCUUUUUGGGACUCAUUGCAUCACCAAAUUCAUCAUCUCUCUCUCGGUCUGCAGCCUAUCUGAUAUGUUCUACUGCUGGUUGACAUUGACUGGUUGACUGGUUGGUUGACAUUGUAGGUGAGGCUGUAAAGGCUAGGCCUGCUCCUGGUUUGCAUUUUUGUGUUUUACCAGGAAGUUGAUAUCUAGAUGGUUUUGGCAUGAUGCCUUCACCAUGAAUAUUUUUUGUUUUGCUUUUUGUUUUCAGAACUUCACCUUAUCCAACAUUUGACUUUUAAAUCAGACCUUGGUUUUGACCUGCCAUGCCCUUUCUUAGUCGCGGCCUGCAACAAUUUUUUUUUUUUUUAAAUCUGUUUUGGGGGAAAUGUUUUGCUUAAAAAGUGUGCUUGUGGUGUAUUUCUAAAUAAAUGGCACUUUGUUUGAGAGUGUUUUGUAAUGCAAUGAAAUGUGUACACAAACUCUAAGUCGCAAGAUGGAACUAGAGGGUAUUGUAUGCUGCUUGUGUUCUGCAAAUAGUUUUCGAGGUGUGAUUGUAGUAAAUUUGUUAUGCCUCUUUGUGCUAAAGACUUUACAUUGUGUACACACAAGAAAUGUAAAUGUAUUCAGACCUUUCUUUUUGAUGUACCCCAGCACCAAACUCGUUUGAUUUAGUUAAAACUUUUAUGGAAAAUGGGCAGACAAGGACAUGGCAUUUUGCAUAGAUCAUCAAGUUAGAAGGAAAACAAAUAGCAGCCCAGCUAAUGACAUUUAGUCUACACUUUAGUGUGAUAUAGGAAAUAUAUGCUGUGCAAAAUCCAGUUAAGGAAGUGUAUGUUGUGCAAAUAUGUCCAGAAAAGUCCAAGUGGUAAAUGUCGCCCUGGAUGUAGGAAGAAGCUCCUCCUCAUUCUCUCUGUUUUUGAUUUCACUAUCUUCUUCUGGCUCUGGUCCAGCAGGAUGCUGUUGUAAGAAUAAUAAAACGAUGAGGUCGCCGAAGAUCUUAAUGAAGAAGUUUAUAGCAGUGUCGCAGUGACAAAAUGCAUGAAGUACUUUGGGUUCAUCGGAGUCAGAAAGAAUGCAGGACAAAUCCUGCUCACACAUUUUAUACAGCGUUUCCCAUGUGUCAAUUAAAUGAGUUUUACUUUAAAUGUAAAUUAGUGUAAGAACUGUGUAUCACCCAAAUGGCCAUGUGAUACUAUCGUCUAGCUGGAUGUCCUGAAAUGGUAAUCACAGUCGCGUACACCUUGGCUUGGUAUUGUUACAGGUGUUAUCAUGCAAAUGGUCGGACGAUACUAAAUGGAAAUCACGGUCACAUAUACCCUUUUGUUCAUUGAUGGUCGUUGAUGCCUUGUUGCUAUUCCCAUACUAAUAAUGUCACGUCAUGUCAUGUCAUUGUCUCCCACUUAUCCGUAGCCGGGUCGCGGGGGCAGCAGUCUAAGCAGGGAUGCCCAGACUUCCCUCUCCCUAGCCACUUCCUCCAACUCUUCCGGGAAAUUCUGACAGGCUGAAACUGACAGGCCUUCCUCAUUAGGACCAUAACAGAUUGUGCAUGAUCUGAACACCAAAGUAUCGGAAACUGUUCACUCUCUCCACUGGGGUCUCAAUGAUCCUGAGGGGGUAGUAGCUCCUCUCCUGCUUUAUGCUAAAAUCCACAAUGAAAUCCUCCUUUCACUUUCUGACCUUCAGGAGGAGGUUGUUUUCCUGGCACCAAUUCUCCAGCCUUUUAAACUCCUCCAUAUAGGUCUUCUCAUUGUUCUCAGAGAUAAUGCAGACUUAUCAGUGGUGGCAGAGAUGGAAGUGUCCACAGAGUCAUACAGUGCUGUGAAAAGGUUUUUGCCCGCUUCCUGUUUUUUUUUUUUUUUUUUGUCUCACUUAAAUGAUUCAAAUCAUGAAACAAAUUUUAAUAUUACACAAAGAUAAGGCAAGUAAAUACAAAAUGCAGUUUUUAAACGAUUAUUUCAUGGCACUACGUGAAAAAGUAAUUGCCUCCUAAAUCUAAUAACUGGUUGUGCCAACCUUUGCAGCAACAACUGCAAUCAAGCAUUUGCAAUAACUGGCAGUGAGUCUUUCACGUCACUGUGAAGGAAUUUUGGCCCACUCUUCUUUGCAGAAUUGUUUUAAUUCAGCCAAAUUUGAGGGUUUUCGAGCAUGAAUGGACUGUUUAAGGUCAUGCCACAGCAUCUCAAUUGGAUUCAAGUCCUGACUUGGCCACUCCAAAACCUUAAUUUUGUUUUUCUUGAGGCAUUCAGAAGUGGACUUGCUGGUGUGUUUGGGAUCAUUGUCCUACUGCAUAACCCAAGUGCGCUUGAGUGUGAGGUCGGACGGCCGGACAUUCUCCUUCAGGAUUUUCUGACAGAGUGCAGAAUUCAUGGUUCCAUCAGUUAUGGCAAGUCGUCCAGGUCCUGAAGCUGCAGAGCAUUCCCAGACCAUCACACUGCCACCACCAUGUUUGACUGUUUGUAUGAUGUUCUUUUUAUGAAAUGUUGUGUUGGUUUUACUCCAGAUGUAACAGGACACACACCUUCCAAAAAGUUCAACUUUUGUCUCAUCAGUCAACAGAAUAUUUGCCCAAAAGUCUUGGGGAUAAUCAAGAUAUUUUUUGGCAAAUGUGAGAUGAGCCUUUGUGUUCUUUUUGGUCAGCAAUGGCUUUUGCCUUGGAACUCUCCCAUGGAUGCCAUUUUUGCCCAGUCUCUUUCUUAUUGUUGAAUCAUGAACACUGCCCUUAAUUGAGGCAAGUGAGGCCUGCAAUUCUUACAUGUUGUUCUGGGUUCUUUUAUGACCUCCUGGAUGAGUCGUCGUUGCGCUCUUGGAGUAAUUUUGGUAGGCCGGCCACUCCUGGUAAGGUUCACUGCUAUUCCAAGUUUUCUUCAUUUGUGGACAAUGGCUCUGACCAUUGUUCACUGGAGUCCCAAAGGCUUAGAAAUGGCUUUAUAACCCUUUCCAGACUGAUACAUGUCAACUAUUUUGUUUCGCAUGCUUCACUUUGUCUCACAGGUUUUAUUGAAGUGAUUUCUUGAUUCAACAGGUCUGGCAGUAAUCAGGCCUGGGUAUGUCUAGUGAAAUUUAACUGAGCUUUCUAAAACAAUGUGCUUAAUCACAUUACUUUCAUCAUUUAACAGGAGAGGGCAAUCCAUUUAUCACAUAGGGCCAGGUAGGUUUGGACAGCUUUUUUUGCCUUAAUAAAUGAAAUCAUUAUUUAAAAACUGCAUUUUGUAUUUACUUGCAUUAUCUUUGUGUAAUAUUAAAAUUCUGAUCUGAAUAUUUUAAGUGUGAGAAAUAUGCAAAAAAUUAAAAAAAAAACAGGAAGGGGGCUAAUACCUUUUCACAACACUGUAUGCGUACUGUAAGAAGGGGGCUCAGGACACAAUCCUGUUGGGGUUCCACUGACUAAAUCCCACUACCUUUAACUUGGUGGUGAGUUUGGAGGCAAUAAUGGUGUUAAACUGUCAACAAACAGCAUUUCAACAUAAUUUCCUUUCCUGCUGUCCAUAUGGGUCAUGGCUAUUUGUAGGAAGUAUACAAUGGCAUCCUCUGUAGAGUGAUUGGGAUGAAAUGCGAACUGUAAUGGGUCCAAUGUGUCAGGGAGUGAAGAGGUGAUGAAGCCUCUGAUCAGCCUUUCAGAGCACAUCCCAGCUUAAGUCAGGGCUACUGGGCGAUAGCCAUUGAGGCAGGUGGGCUGAGCUUUCUUUGGUACUGGUUGAAGUUUGUGGGGAUAACUUACUGUUCCAGUGAGAGUUUGAAUAUCUUUGAACACUGGUGCUAGAUGAUCAGCCUGAGAAGCCAGUCUUGUCCAACUGCUUUCCUGUUUACUCUUCAUGCCGUACUCCAAGAUGGUGAAAACAUUCCCAGCCCUCUUCUUAUGCAUACUCCCAUUAACACUGCUGGCAGUGUUAGCACUACUAGCUCUGUUAGCCCUGUUAGCCGCAGAUUUAAAGCGAGCCCAUCAAGAGGCAACAAGCUACAUCUUGUUCUCAUACAAAUGGUUCCUGUGUGGCACCACCAAGAAGCAGGGCCAUCAGCGAUAUGCACUUCUGCAAUUUAAGGCCUCACUAAUUACCUUCCAGAUUCUACAAGGUUACAAUUUGUCCUUCACCUGCAGUAAAAAAAAAAAAAAAAAAAAUCACCACUCCAUUUUAAUUUAUGCAAAUUUCUAUGAAAAGGUAGAGAAACAAAGACGUCAUAAAUCAAGUUAUUUAUCCAGAUUGCAGAAUGUCUUCGAAGAACAGUGACAUCACAAAGUUGCAACAUUUGAUUCUUUGACUCCUUAACAUUUCAGGUAUGUUCCAAAUCUGAUUUAAUUCCUACUGCUUAAUAAAUGGAAAUAUUUUACAUAGAUUUAGCAUUGUCUUUAGAAGAUUAGUGUUCUUUAGAGCCAGGCUAUACUGAUAUUUUUGCUCUAGCAAGUGAUUGAGGUUUUAGAAACACAAAUUACAGCAUACAUGUUUGAACAAGAAGCAUCUUUGAUUAAGAAUUUUGAUCAGUUAAUUUCAUGUAAUAUGUCAUAGGACAUUUAUUUUCCAUUUUAGCUUGCUCACGAAGUGUCCAAAUCUACAUCUUUGCAACAAUGUCUAUUAAUAAAAGAGCUAUAUAAAUAAAAUUUAAUGCAAUUAAAUAUAGGUGUACAUACAAGCAAGUAAUGUAGCGUUGAAUGUUUUUAUGGAGGUAUACAGACAUUAUUCAGUUGGAUAAAUCACAUUAAAUUCACGUUUUAACAUAAAAACAAACUUUGUAAAGAUAAAGCAUAUUAAAUAAUCAAAGUAGCUUACAGCAGAUCAUUUAUUGACUUAUUCUAAAUUAUGUUAUUCUAAAUUUUAUUUAUGUAUUAUAUUCUAUUUUAUUUCUUGAUUUUUAGUGAGGUUUUUUGGUGAAAUCAGUGAUGGAUCAGCAUCUGUUCAUACUUCUGUUUUUCACAGGAAUUGUUCCCUGUGUCCUGUCUGUGACCCGUAAGUAUUAUCUGGUCCAGCAGGGAAGAAGUUGGACUGAUGCUCGGCUUUACUGCCAAGCCUUACACACAGACCUGGCUAUCAUCAGAAAUAGCAACAACAUGAUUAGGCUUCAGAAUGAAGCACAGACUCAAAAGUUCCGUUCGGCAGCUUGGAUUGGAAUGUACAGUGAUAUUUACAGCUGGCGCUGGACUUCUGAAAAUCAAUCAGUGGUCAAUUUUAGAUCUUGGGAUGUGGGAGAGCCUAACAACAGGAACGGAGUUCAAAACUGUGGUGCAGUAAUUCCCUGGGGUUGGUGGGAUCUGGUGUGUACAGAAACACGCCCCUUUUUGUGCUUUGACG